UUUGCUCAUCUAUUUUCAUUACCAAGUGGUCGCAAGUUAUAUAGUGCAAGCCUGUAAAUGGCAACAGAUAAAAGAAUUCCAAAAGCUGCUAAAUUCGCGCUGGGAGGCUCUGCAGGGAUGACAGCUGCAGCUGUUGUACAACCUCUCGAUCUUUUAAAAAAUCGUAUGCAAUUGGCGGGAAAAGAUGGAAAAAAGAAGUUUAAAACAAGCUUUCACGCCUUCACGCACGUCAUUAGAAAUGAAGGUGUGUUAGGCCUCUAUAAUGGACUGAGCGCUGGAUUACUCAGACAAGCUACGUAUACGACAACAAGACUCGGUGUAUACACAUGGAUGCUCGAAAGUUUUACAAAGAAAGACAAGCCGUUGUCGUUCCCGGCUAAAGCGGCAUUAGGAGUGACUGCUGGUGCAUGUGGUGCAUUAGUGGGAACUCCGGCAGAUGUGGCUUUGAUUCGGAUGACAGGAGAUGGACAUUUGCCACCAGAGCAGCGUCGAAACUAUAAAAACGUCAUUGAAGCAUUGUAUCGCAUAGCAAAAGAAGAAGGAAUAGCGACUUGGUUUCGGGGUUGCUCGCCAACGAUCCUCCGUGCAAUGGUAGUCAAUGCAGCGCAGUUGGGAACCUACUCUCAGGCUAAGCAGAUGAUCCUACAGACAAAGAAAAUUAAAGAUGGGAUUUUUUGCCAUUUUCUAUCCUCUAUGAUAUCUGGAGCUGCGACUACGGUGGCAUCCAUGCCAGUUGAUAUUAUAAAGACCAGAAUCCAAGCAAUGAAAACCAUUGAUGGCGUUCCCGAAUAUUCUGGUCUCACGGACAUCAUCGUAAAGGUAUCUUAUACAUUUUUGCAUUAG